AUGCAGCCGUUUGCUCGCCCUGCGCGCCUCGUCUUGGGCCACGCCAGGCUGGGGCUCGACCGCGCUGCGUGCCAUGGCACCGUUGCCUGGGGACGGGGCUCGGCUUCGGCUCAGAGCUCCGCGAUAUGUGCGCGGUGCAGCAUAUGGGCCAUUGGCUCCCGCGGACGACCCUACUCGACGCGCAUCCCACCGAGGGACCCUGGCGCACAGCCUGGCUCGUCGCUAGAGAAGGAGACGGAGCCUGACUUGAUCACCCAGCUUCGUGCCGAGCAAUCCAGGCGAGAUGGCCUCAAGCGAGACGACGCCAAGCGACAAGAUACCAAGCGGGAAGAGGCCAGGCUUGAGGAUACGAAACUGUACGAUGGAAAGAAGGCCACCGUCAAGCCCGAGACCGCCAAGCCCGAGGACAACGUGCCAUCAUACGAACUCCCUUCGACGACCGACAGCCGCCGUAGCGAAAUGACGCAAAAGUUCAGCUCGAUCAUGGACAACCUACAAUCGCGCGCCCUCAACGCCACCCAGACCCUCAACGACAUUACGGGAUACACCGGAAUCGAGAUAAUCAAGAUGCAGAACGCCGAGCUCGAGACGGCCCUAGCAGAAGCUCAUGAGCGCGUGCGCCAUUGCCGACAGGCAUACAAGACAUCCAACUCUAAGCGCGCCCAGACGCAGCGCGAAGUGACGACACUUCUCGCCCGUAAAGACACCUGGUCACCUUUCGAUCUCGAGCGCUUCACCGAGCUGUACCGGACGGACCAUGUGCUGGAGGGUGAGGUGGUGACCUCGCAGGAGACGCUUACCGAUGCCGAGGUGGAAGAGCAGAGCCUCAGCCAGCGGUUGAAUGCGGGGAUCCUCAAGCGGUAUCACGAAGAGCAGAUUUGGAGUGAUCGGAUCCGGCGGGCCAGCACGUGGGGUACGUGGGGCUUGAUGGGCAUGAACUUUUUGUUGUUCGUGGUGCUGCAAUUCGUGGCAGAGCCGUGGAAGCGGAGAAGACUGGUUAGGGGUGUUGUUGCAGAGGAGAAGGAGGUGCUGCAAGAGGUCAGGAGCCAGCUUGAGGAAGUCAAGCUCGCCCUGGAGAGGAGAGAUUCAACCGCCGCCAUUGAGCCCGUGAUGUCGGCGGUCAAGGCGGUCGACGAGGCUCAGGCAAAGGCGACCGAAGACGCUGCACUGUCUGAACCAAUCCAGCCCGCUGCUGCUGCUGUGGAGCGUGUCGUGGAAACGCCCGUGGGAGCAUUUGAGGAAACGUCAGAAACCCCGGUCGAGAUGUGGCAACGGAGAUGCAAAGAAGCAGCCCUCGAGUGGAGGGUUAGAGCAGAGGAUCUAUAUAGCGAGCGGCGGAUAGAUCUACGGAUGAGGGACGCGUCGCUUCUGGCGCUCCAAGGGGCUCUGGCCGGCGCGGUAUUGACUGGAAGCCUUGCGCUGCUUCUGGUGCGGAGGUCAUGA